AUGUCACCACCCAACUCCCCACCUCCCAACCCAACAAGUCCAACAGCCUCCCAGUACCAACCCAAGUUCUUACAAAAGGACCCAGCCGAAAAGCAACGCAAGGAUGCAGAGCUCCGACUCCAAAUCAGAAAUAUGAUAUUGGGGGAGAUAAACAAGGCGAAGGUAGCCAAGGCCAAGAAAUUGGAGGAGGAAAUAGAAUCUCACUUUAAGAAACUCAAAGAUGAACUUGAGGCGGAACGUGCUGAGAUAAAGCGAGAGUUCGAGGUGAAACGUGAAGAGAUGAACAAGGAUACGAGUGAGACUAUGCGUCGGUCCAUUGAAGAUGCGAUGAAGGACUUUGAUGUUGUGGAUUGGCGCUAG